ACAGACUGCUUCUACAAACAUUUUGAAAGACUGUGCAACAAGUCCAUCCUUGAAGUUUUCUUGCUACUAAAUAUUCCACGGUCAACUGUUAGUGGUAUUAUAACAAAGUGGAAGCAACUGGGAACAACAGCAACUCGGCUACGAAGUGGUAGGCCACGUAAAAUGAUAGAGUGGGGUCAGAGCAUGCUGAAGGGCACAGUGAGCAGAAGUCGCCAACUGUCUGCAGAGUCAAUAGACCAUCAAAAAUAUCUCCAAACUUCAUGUGGCCUUCAGAUUAGCACAACAACAGUGCGUAUAGAGAUUCAUGGAAUGGGUUUCCAUGGCCGAGCAGCUGCAUCCAAGCCUUACAUUACCAAGUGCAAUGCAAAACUUUGGAUGCAGUUCCGUAAAGCACACUGCCACUUUACU